GCAUCACAAUCCUUCCACCUCGACCUUUGGAAGCUAAUCCAGUCUCGACGGUGUCGAUACAGGCUCAUCAAUCGUGCAUCGUCCUUGGGCUAAUCGCCGUAUACCGCUCUCUGAACUACUCAGUCUGCUGCUGCAAAAUCUCACCGCCAUUCUCGAGGGCUCGACCUUCCCAGCAGUUUUAGCCCCGGCACCGUUUCAGCGCGCGCGCAUCCACUCGUAAUUUCUUUUUUCUCGUGCCGCCAAGAUGGGCCGGGCGAUAGAUCCAUACGAUGACGGUCAGGGUCUGGUCAGUCGUCUGACAGCCGUCAUCUUUUUUGGCGUCCUUGCACUGGCCGGAAGCAUCGUAUCUGCCUAUUUCGUCUUGAUGGGAAUUCGAGAUGUGCCGCGAGGAUCACAGGGAUAUCCUGUGCGGGAAUUGACAAUUUUGAAGGCUGUUGCUGGGGUGGAUAUUGCGAUCGCCGUCAUUGCUGCGUUGGCAAUCUUGACCUUUGCAUUCAAGAGGACCUUGCUGUUCAAGAAGCCUACGGCUUAUGUGGGAGCUUUGAUCCUCAUUCUUGCCAUCAUUCUGAUUGGCGUAUCGAUCAGCGCGGUGGUGCUGCUGUACAGGGUCGCUCUUCUUGAACCCUUCCACAUCAUUGCAACUGGUGCAUCUGCGGCGGCUGGUUUGCUAGGCAUCACUUUUGGUUCAGUGAUUAUGACUGCCAAACAUAGGAAGCGCGACUCUUUCGCUUCCUACGACGCGACCGCACCCAGCCCGACUGUGGGGAGAGAUGUGACCAAGCGUGGUUCGGUCGGAAACGCCGACGAUCAUCUAUCCACGCCAAAGACGCAAUGGAAUCAAUUCGAGAGCGGUAGUUCGGACAACCUUAUCGGCAGCCCGCAGAGUCCCGCACUGAAGGGAUCUGCGAGUCGAGACAGUUACAACUCCUUUGCAUCCCCUCAGUCGCAUUACAAGCAAGCAUACAGCUCGAGGCCGAGCACGGGCAAUAGCGACUAUCUACCUGCCAACAACAACCAUCACGGCGCCUACCCACAAGAUCCCCUGCAAUCUCCCCGCGCUGCCCAAGCAGGCUACGCUCAGCAACAGCAGCAGUCCCAAAAAUACGGCAAUGUCGCACCGAACGCGCCGAAGCAGCGAUCUAAUUUGGGAGCUACUGAUCCUUUGACUGCGCACGCAGGAGGAUCCACACCCAGCAUCAACGUCACACCUGCGGUAGACUCCUGGCAGGGCGGUUCGCGAGCAGCACCUGCGGGCAUCCUGAAGCCGUCGCCAGAGCUUUAUGGUGCAGAAGCUAGACGAAAGAGCUACGAGGCGAAUCGAGCGAGGCCUUCGUACGAGACUGCUAGAACCCAACCGGCAGCGGGCGGUGCGCCUAGACGACAAUCGCAAGAGCAGGCUUACAGCAGCUUGACACCUGCUGCUGCCAAUGGUGAAGAGGCGAUGGCGUGGUACGGCGGAUCUUCCUCUUCCUCUUCGGCAGAUCACAUGUCGACGUACGACUCGAAUGCUGCUGGCGUCAGGUCUAGUCAACCUUAUGGAGGCGUCUUGGCAGACUAUGGAGUUCGCGCAAGCGCUUACGGUCCUCCACCCUCGUCACAAAGUCACGCGUCCAGACGCGCACCUUCUCCGGCUGGCCAAGCACCAACUUCUCACCACGAUCAGUACGCUCAGCAGCGCAGCUCGCCUCUAGCUCAUCAGGAAGAGUGGAAGAGCAAGCAAGGCGAAAUCCAGACUCAGAGGUCAGAGUAUCAUGAUGCCCAACUCGCCUCGCCUCAACAGGUGGCUGAUGGCUAUGCGCAGGCGGACGAGGGCUAUGGGCAAGCCUACAGCGGCUAUGAGGAGCAGGCACAAGCGUAUGGUCAUCCCGAACAAGGAGAUUACCACUACCAACACCACCACCAGCAGCAGCAGCACCGACAGGAACAAUCACCACAUCAUCAUCAACACCAGGCGUACGCUUACAAUGGCGCCUCGCAUUGACCUUGCUAGCAAGCCAUGCAUCUCCCAUCCCGUGAUCUGAACCAUCAUCGUCUACAAAAUGUCGUCGCUUGGAAUCGCUUAGUCUCGUUCGCUUCAACCUGCCUUCUUGUACACUACGAAUCUCGUGCCCUUUGCCGUCCUGCCACUCUCCAAAGUCUGACUCGUUGCCCUCCCUGGUCGCUCUUCAUACCUCUCCACCAUUUGCAAGGACACUUUCACACCCGCUCCGCACGUUUGGCGCAUCGACUGGAUCGAUUGCCUGCCC